AACUGGGCUGACCAAUCAGAGCGCUGGAGUCCUUCAUCGAUCUACCAAUAGGCGUUCAGAGUCUUCCAUGUGUGGGAUGACACUUGCCAUCUUUCAUGCGAUCCUGCUGUGAACUGUAAGAUUAAGCGCUAAACCAAAACAUGAAUUCUUUACCACAGUAUAUUACUUUUAAGUUAACACUCAGGAGCGUUGACUUAUUUUGCUAACGUUUUUUAACGCCUACAGUUGUACGAACUUAGUCUACCUCAUGUUGAAAGUUGGCACAUCAGUUCACCUCUGUAGGAAUUACGUGAACUUGCACUGAUGUUGCAUUCCUCCACUAGUCUAAGAUUCGCCGUUCAGUUUGUUUCUCGGUCUCAUUGGAGUCCAGGAUCUGUAUGGUAUCCAUGCAGGAAUGUGUCCGUGAAAACAGGGGGAUGGAAAACCAAGAAAGUUCCUCAGCGCUACCUGGGCCAGCCAAGCCCGUACACACACCCUCACCUCAUCGCACAUGGCGAGGUAACCCCGGGUCUUACCCAGGCAGACUUUGAGUUGCGUCGGCAGCGCUUGGCAUCUCUGAUCGAGAUGCAGAAAGAGCGACUGACAGGUUCUAGAAUCUCCUCAAACUCCUCCCACAUCGUCAUCGUCUUAUCACAUCCCAUUCGCUACAUGACCAAUGACAUCCCUUACCCGUUCCAUCAGAACCAGGACUUCCUGUACCUGACCGGAAUAGUGGAACCGGACAGCGCCCUGGUGAUGUACGGAUCAGGUAAGCCGGACCAGGCCAUGUUGUUCGUCCCCAGGCGAGACCCAGCACGAGAGCUUUGGGACGGGCCACGUUCGGGGAAAGAUGGUGCAGCUGCCCUGACCGGUCUAGAGAGAGUUCACAGCACAGAGGAACUGGGCGUAGUGUUAAGGAGCUUGAAAGGAGAAACAAUAUGGUAUGACAGCUCUCAACCAUGCCACCCACGGUUACAUCAGACUCACGUGCUUCCCCUGUUGGAGGGAGGACCCAUGACGCUGCCUCUCCGACCACUCACUCACUCCCUCAGAGCCAUUAAGAGUCCAGCAGAGGUCAUGCUGAUGAAGGAAGCAGGACGGAUCACUGCCCAGGCAUUUAAGAAGACGAUGGCUGUGUCAAGAGGAGACAUUGACGAGGCACUUCUUUAUGCGAAGUUUGAUUUUGAAUGCCGUGCUCACGGUGCUAACUUUCUGGCAUACCCUCCUGUGGUUGCCGGUGGAAACCGAGCCAACACACUUCAUUACAUCAACAAUAAUCAAUUAGUGAAGGAUGGAGAAAUGGUGUUGUUGGAUGGGGGUUGUGAAUAUUUUGGUUACGUUAGUGACAUCACGCGUACUUGGCCGGUGAAUGGAAAGUUCAGUUCUGCUCAGAGAGAGCUGUAUGAGGCUGUACUGGAAGUGCAGUUAGCCUGUCUGUCUCAAUGUAAUCCUGGGAUCAGCCUGGACUACAUAUACUCCACCAUGCUCGCUCUGUUGGCCCGACAACUCAAAGAGCUCGGAAUCAUCUCACAAUCCUCCAGUGAUACAGACACAUUGAAGGCUGCUCGGAAAUUUUGUCCCCAUCAUGUGGGCCACUACCUGGGAAUGGACGUUCAUGACACACCAGAGCUGUCCCGUUCACAGCCACUGCGGCCUGGCAUGGUUAUCACUAUAGAACCAGGGUUGUACAUCAGUGAGGAUGAAAGCUCAAGUCCGGAGCGCUUCCGAGGACUCGGGGUGCGAAUAGAAGAUGAUGUGGUGAUCCAAAAUCAUGGGGGGCCCCUCAUCCUGUCUGCACACACCCCAAAAACCAUCGCUGAUGUGGAGAGAGCUUGUGCACAGAGAGAAGACUGAAGGCAUCAGGAGAGAGAACAGAGCAAAUGUUUCCAGCAUGAGUCUCGGCCCUCCAUUUUCCUAACAUCUCUCAUAGGGUUUUCUUUAAAUGCCUUAGAGUGAAUCCACUUACAGUGGGAGGUCUAUUUUUUACAAAACUUGCUCCAGUUAAGUAUUAAAUCUGGAGGAUUAAGAGCUGGAUGAGUCUGGGCAGGGUGCACCGUCUCCCUUAUACCCAGUUCAUUCCUACUCUAGCAAAUUGGAGGUUCUUGUUUUUUUUGGUUCAUUUGAUGUAUUUAAAGGAAUAUUUCACCCAAAAAUGAAAAUUCUCUCAUCAUUUACUCAACCUCAUGCCAUCCUAAAUGUGUGCAGAACACAAACAAAUAUUUUUAGAAGAACAUCUCAGCUCUGUAAGUCAAUAUAAUGCAAGUGAAUAGU